AUGAAGGUGUGUGUCCUCCUGAUGUGUGUGCUAUGUCUCUGGUGGAGGACGGAGGCUGAGUCCCGAUCGUAAGUCAACUUUUCAACUUUCAUUUCAUGAGAGAGGCUGAGGUUUGAAGGCCUGAGGGUGCCACAGCUGCAGGACUGUGCUGGGUUUGAUUUGGUUUUUAUUCACUAUUCAAGAACCGUUGAAAAAUCUCUGUUUUCUGAUGGUGUUAAGAUUACACGCUGUAUAUCUGCAAGAGCAUUCCUGGUCUGAUCCCCUCACUGUAUGGAAGCCUUACUUUGUAGAGUUUGCAUGUUACCUUUGCACAUUUCUGUGUUCUCAUUCAGUGCUUGUGUUUCCCCCAGUCCAACACAUGCUUGCCAGACUAUGAGGUGACUCUAAUUUUCCUGUUUACAUGCAAGAACAUUCCAAACAUUUCUGGAUAGUUUAAGGACUGGGACAUACUGUGUGUGCACUUGAGGUAGAAACGCAACAUGCAUCUUUAUGAGACAUAGAGGGGAUAAUAUAAAACCUCAGUGUACUUGGUCUAUGAAUGAGGAGCAUUAGUGGUGCAUUUGCUGUGAUGGAGGGCAGAGCAGGAAGACGCACAGCCGGCGGGAGAACAAGAGUGGUAGUGAACAAACCUAAUUCAGCUUAUUCCUGCAAAUUUGUGCAGGAACCUGGGCCUGUUUAUAAGAUCUUUACAGCAUAAAUGCCUUGAGAUGAUCAAUAAAUUACCUCAGAUUGAGCUUGCUGGCUCUUUUGUUUCUGCUGUUGCCCAUCUCUCUUUCUCCCUCUUGGCUACUGGCAUCUGUAGGUAAAAAAAAAUUAUAUAUAUAUAUGCACGAGAAGUAUUGGUUAUUUUUGAGAACCUUGUUGGACUUACAUGUCUUACAUGGACUUAGGAAACAAAACUCCACCAGAAGAAAGGACAAUUUAAAAAAAGGGUAAUUUCAUUUGCAGGAAAGGUAAAGAAGUGUAAGGUUGACGGUGUUUUCAUUGUUCAACAUACAACUUGCUGGGCCUUUGCUGAUGUGUUUGUUGAUUGUUUUGGUGCAUGGUGUAAUAUGUCAACCCAAUAGCAGUGAGCCAAAAGGGUGUUUAUGGGGCCACCCACCACAGCAAUAAUCUGGUUCUAAUCCGCUGCUUGUAAACUGGGACCAGGUCAGUAUCCCAGUCUUCCCAUUAAUGCAUUCAAAAAGAUAACGUGUCAACGUAUGUCCUCCAUCCUUAGGUAUCUGAUUACAGCCCCUCUCUCUCUGCGUCUGGGCGCUGUGGAGACUGUGCUGCUGCAGUUGUUUGAUUUCACUCAGGAGGUGAGGGUCUAUGUGUUCUUGAAGACCUCCAUGGGCCGAGAUCAAGUGGUUCUAGCUCGAGAGGUGGUGACCCUCAACGCCCAGAACAACUACCAGGCUGUUGCCAGAGUCCGGGUCAGAUGAAAGUCACACCAGAAAGCAAAUAAAACCUAUUCCAACUGAUCUUUUUGGGAGAAUUUACAUGUUUCUGUUUUUACCUAUAGCUGCUCCCAGAUCAGCUGGACAAGUCUGUGAGUCAUGUCAUCCUCCAUAUCCAAUCAGCUGAGAUCAGCCAGCACCUGUCCAUCCCUGUCAGCCGCUCCAAUGGUUUCCUCUUCAUCCAGACGGACAAACCACUUUACACCCCGAACCAGAGCGGUGAGAUUGAGUCCACAUCCACAUCACAUGGAGCUGUAUGAACUGUACUUCAUGUUUUAUCUGCACACAAGCUUUAUGGAGACACAGAUCUCCAGCACAUGCUUACGGCACCAAAACCACUAGCAAAUGGUUUGCUGACCAGGAUUUUACAGUGUUUGAUUGGUCUGCCAUAUACCAAGACUUCAAAUCAUAGAGUGAUAUUUUAUAUUAUAUCUGAUCAUACUCUAUCUGAUCUGACUUUAUUGAGCUCUACUGUAUUCUAUUUGUAUACUCUAAAUAAUAUAUACUCUAUUUAAUUCCAUUAUAUUGUUUUACACUGUAUUUUCUAUUCUAGUCUGUUCUGUUUUAUUCUAUUCCACUACAUUGCAUUCCAUUAUGUUCUUUUAAAUUGCAUCCAUUUCUAUUCUAUUCUGUCUGUUCUAUUAUAUUCUAGUUUAUUCUAUUCUGUCUCUUCUAUUCUAUUUUAUUCUGUCUCUUCUAUUCUAUUCUGUUCUAUUCCAUUCCAUUCUAUCUGUUCUAUUCUAUUUUAGUCUAUUCUAUUUUGUCUGUUCUAUUCUAUUUCAUUCUGUUCUAUGUUGUCUGUUCUAUUCUGUUUUAUUCUAUUCUCCUCUUUUUCUUAUUUUGAUUCUAUUCUAUUCUAUUCUGUCUGUUCUAUUCUAUUCAAUGUUUUUUUAUUCUGUCUGUUCUUUUCUGUUCUAUUUUACUCUGUUCUAUUCUAUUUUAUUCUAUUCCAUUCUAUUCUAUCGGUUCUUUUCUAUUUUAUUCUAUUGCAUUAUGUCUGUCUUAUUUUAUUUUAUUCUAUUCUAUUUUAUUCUGUUCUAUUCUGUCUGUUCUAUUCUGUAUCUACACAGUGUUUCCUUGCCUUUAACAUGUGUUGAUGUCUGUUCUCUCUCCCAGUUAAGGUUAGGGCGUUUUCUUUGAACCAGGAGUUGAGGCCAGCCAAUCGCAGCGUCUUCCUGACCUUUAAGGUGAGAGUAGUACACCCUAAUGACCAACAGAGAGCAGCAGAGUGUUACAGACUGUCAAAACAUGUUGGCAUCUGUAAAGUCAGAGUCAGCCUCGUCAUCUCUUUACUCCUCAGGACCCAGAUCAGACCAAGGUGGACAUUGUGGAGAUACUUGAUAUCAAUAAUGGAAUCCCGUCUAUGCAGAACCCAUUCAAGAUCCCCAUCAACCCAAAGUAAGACCCUCAGAAACAAAACCACCACAACUAGUUUAACAACAAAACUAGUUUAUUUUAACUUUGGCAAAAAACAACACACAACACUGUCAAAAAAUUAUAAACAGACUGAAAUGACAGUUGAAACUCUUUAACCAGUUUAAAGUCAGUUAUUCCUUUAACGUGUUUCCAGGUUGGGGAUUUGGACUAUUGAAGCCUCUUACUCCGAUUUCACCACAACAGCAAGGACAGAUUUUGAAGUGAAAGAAUAUGGUAACUUUUUUUGCCUUGGUAAACAAAGUCACCAUCUAAUUUACUGACUUUGUGAUAGAGUUAUGUUAAUAUUCAAAUGUUCCUCAGUUCUACCCAGUUUCUCCAUCCUGGUGGAACCAGAAAUAAGCUACAUCAGCUACAGACAAUUCACCAGCUUCAACUUCAAGGUGUCUGCCAGGUGAACAAACAUGUUCUUCUUAUUCACUGAGAUGUUAUGAGAAUAUAGAAAACUAAUCUAAAAAACACUUUUUUAGAAUUAUAUCUGAGACAAGUGACAUGAUUCCUCAGGUAUCUACAUGGAGCUCCAGUGGCAGGUGGUGAAGCGUUUCUGCGUUACGGCUAUGUUACUGGGAAAAAUCCUCCAGUUAUUAUCCCCAGCUCUGUUUCCAGAGAGAAAGUAAGACGAUAAGAGAUCAUAGUUGAGCUAUGCAUCACACAACAGCUGCACUUCUGCACAGCUUUUUCAGCUUUGCUCAGAAAAAAAAAAGAAAGAAAAUUACCAAGUACCCAAAUGGCUGUGUUGUAAGGUUCCCUCUGUCCCUCAGCUGUCUCUCACAGGUGAAGUGGAUGUGACUGUGAACAUGGAGAAAGUCCUGUCCAAACACAGCGGACCAAAAGACCUGGACAGUUUAGUGGGGAAGUACCUGUAUAUCGCUGUCCUGCUGCAUGAGGGCACAGGUACACACACCUUUCCUUCCUGCUGCCCUGUACCAGGUCUUAAACCCUUUAAAGUUUUAAGAGUCACUUCUCCCCUCUGUCUCUGUCCCUCAGGUGGGAUCAGUCAGGAGGCGGAGUUUGCUGCUGUGAAGUUUGUCAAAUCGCCAUACAGGCUGAGUCUGGUGUCCACAUCACCUUUUAUCAAACCCGAGCUUCCUUAUCACAUCCAGGUGUGUGCAGAGCUGUGGAUGUUGCUGUGAAUUGACAUUGACAUAGUUUGGAAGAGGAUUUACAAGAAUGAUACCUCCUAAUUUCAAAUAAAGGGGAAGCCUGGACAACAGGGACAGUUUUAUGCACUGACUCUGCAUGUUAUCCCUCUCUCUCUUUUUACUCUCCCUUUUCCAACAAAAGCAAAAUAACUUAAUAACAUGGUGUGCUCGCCAUGUUUGUUUUACAAUUUUCCCCUGUGGGACCAAUAAAGGAAUAUCUUAUCUUAUCUUUUCUUUCCUUGUUUUGGUGUUUUUCCUGCCUCUGCAUCUAAAAGAGCCAAAAUGAGAUAAAUUAAGUUUGUUGUAAUAUAAUUUACAGUCAAUGCUUUUUCAUUUUAGGUCACUUUAAAAUACAUACGUAAUUAUCAUAGCAGCCCCACCCCUAAGAUCACUGUGUGAGGAAACUGCGUGGCCUCAGAUCAUCCAUGGAGGCUGAAUCUUAGAUAAUCAAAUCUUACUUAAAGACAACCAGAACAUGUCAUUAGCCUUAAAUCGUGUGGGCCCCUCACUGUGAAUUUGUUGUGGUAAAUGCAAAAACAAGCUGUGCCUGAAGCUGAUUUUGUGAUACCUCUGCAGGUGUUGGUGAAGGAUCACCUGGACAAACCGGUGAACCGGGUGAAUGUUCGCCUAGUGGAGCGUCAGCUGCUUAAACAGGGGGGAGAGAGUGAGAGUUUCCCUUGUCCUGACAGCGCCAUCACCCAAUCAGACGGGCUUGCUCUCUUCAUCUGCAACACACCAUCAGGAGGAACCAAAGCGACACUGAAGGUGAGGAAGAGGAGGACAGUUUGGUGGGCUUUUUGCUCCUUUCUUAACUCUGUAUAUCUUGGUUUGGUUGUUUUAUUUGAAUGUUGUUUCUUUGUUUAGUUUGAUUUUUUAAAGCUUUUCCCUAGUUGUUAUUGAUACUCAUUGUUUGCUUUGUUUUACUCUUUAUAGUUUGAGACAGCAGACCCCACACUCCCAGCAGCCAGUCAGGCCAGUCUUCCACUGGUGGCUGAGGCCUAUCGUUCCCCUAAUCAGCGCUACCUUUACAUCGACCCGCCCCUCCCUGGCAACAGCCUGGAGGUGGGAGUAUUCACAAACAUCAAGGUGUACUCGGCCAUGCCCUCUUAUGUGCCCAUCAGAGCCCUUAGCUACCUGGUGAGAAAACAGAGCCGACAAUACUUUUUGUCAAAGUUUCUUCAGUUUCCAUAGUUACUGACAUCUGUGCUUGUGUUCUUCAGGUGCUCUCUAAAGGUAAAGUGGUACACUUCGGCAGUAAGAAGGUCGUCUCCAGUGGUGGUCAGACUCUGAGCUUUGAGGUGACGGCCUCAAUGGUCCCAUCCAUCAGGCUGCUGGUAUACUACAUCCUAUUUGGAGAGGGGACGUCUGAGCUGGUGGCUGACUCUGUCUGGCUGGAUGUUAAAGACAAGUGUGUCAACGGUUUGCAGGUACAAGAAGAGACUGUAUCUGUGGUGACAUGGUCAAUAAUACUCUGAUUAUAAACAGUUAAAAAGCCUAAAGCACAGCCUAAACACUGGAGCAUAGGUAGAACAUUGAAGCCAUUUUCAGUCCAGUUGAGCAGUAUACACUGACAAGAAAGUUGAUCCCAAACCGCGUUAUCCAGGUACGUUAGCACCAUUAACAUACCUGAUGUGGGUGGGAGAAUUUGAGAAAGCAUUUCAUGGCAUCAGUUUUCACCAUGCUGAACACAGGGGAUGUCACAACAUUCUCAGUCAUGUCCUGAGACAUUUAAAGAUGCAUGCAAACAUCAGACCUGAACUCUAACUUCUCAUAUACCUUGCUAGUCACUUCCUUCUUGAACAUUUCCCUGUCUUUCCUUCAGCUCUCAAAGAAUACAGAUACUCACCACAAAAAAGAGAUAAUUGAAAUCCAAAGUGUUCAUUUUUGCCUAAAUCAAAUUUUAUCAAUAAAGUUCUUCUUAUUCUUAUUCUUUUAUAUUCUCUAAAACUUUUUAAUUGAAGGUUAAAAUUAUGUACAGUGCAUUUGUAUCUUGUGUUUCAGACUGAUGUGACGAUAAGUGGGCAGAGCCAUAAACCAAAGGAUAAUCUUAAACUAGACAUUCAAACCAAUCAGGACGGUCUGGUUGCUCUAUCUGCUGUAGACAUGGGCAUCUUCACCCUACGACCCAACUUCAGGGACCCUGUUAGCAUGGUAAACUUUAAAACAUCCCCCUCAACUCAGGACAUUCAUUGUUUUUAACAAUUUCCUCUGUAAAUACACCGUACUUGUGUAACAGAAAAGAAUUGUGGCCUCAGGUUUUGCGUUACAUAGAGAACAGCGACCUUGGCUGUGGAGGAGGCGGAGGCAUUGACAGUGCCGAUGUCUUCCGAUUGGCUGGCCUCACUUUCAUCACCAACGCCAAUGCAAGAUCAUCAUCCAGCAGUAUGUCAGCAACCUGUGAGGUUUCAGUGGUAUUAUGUUAAUGAAGUUGUUGAAUGUUAGCCAAUGUGUCUGUGUGCAGAUGCACCAUGUACUGCAGCAGUGCGUCCGAAGCGAGCGCUGACUGAGGUGGAGAAGACAAAGAAAGGUAAAACGCCACCUGGUGGACGGUUUACUUCACUUGUGAAAUCUGUUUCAUAUCUAUCCAGUUCCAGCAGACUCACAGGUUCAUCUUUAUGAAGUCAAGACCCAGGUCAUAGUGAAUCUAUGUUUAUUAUAAUCCAAUGACCUUAGUCUCAAAAAUUUUCAUUAAAACUGGAUUAGGAAAAACAGAUUCAGAUGUUGACUGGUAAAGAUGAACAUGUUUCCCCAUUAUUUGAAGAAUGGGGCCAAAAACUAUGUAAGCCUUUUGUACUUUGCCCAGUUGAAGGUAGAUAUCAGCAAAAAACAGGGGGAUAACAGUUUGUGUUUCUGUCUGCACAGCUCAGAGUUUUGGUCCUCUGAAGACCUGCUGCGAAGAGGGGAUGAAGCGCAUCCCAAAGGUUGUGACCUGCCAAGAGUAUGCCCAGAACGCGAUCAAGAAACGAUCCCGCUGUAGACAGGUGUUCGCAUCCUGCUGUGAGUUCAUUCAGCAGCACCUGGGCCAGGAUGAGAACCUCAUUCUUGGACGUGUCGGUCGGUUCUCAUUUUAUUACACCCCACCACACACAUACGCACAGCCAGUUUACACUUGGAUAACAUAUGACCAUACUGCUCAGAUUCAAUUCAGCAUUUAUCAGAUUUAAUCCCAGACCUGCAGGUACACCUACUUUAUAUGAAACUGCAUAUAUAACAGAGACUCUGUCCAUGCACAAGGAUUAAACCCCCAUACUGGACAUCUUUUGACAGAAUUGGGUGCAGACUUUGACCUGGCUCCAUCUUUGGUGCGGAGUUACUUCCCGGAGAGCUGGAUGUGGGAGGUGCAGCGCAUCAGGUAACUCCAGUUAAACACGCUUAGAGGUAUCUAUUUGCUUGGAUCAAAGAAGGAAGACUAACCAGAACUGAGUAUUUUUAUAAUUUGUGCCUCUUUAGUCCAGGCACACUGUCCUUGAUGAGGCCUCUUCCAGACACUCUCACCACCUGGGGGGUAAAGGCAAUCGGCAUGUUCAAGAACGGUCAGUUUCAUGACUGCCUGUGUAAAUUCUGUGUAAAAACUGAAGUACUUUGCUGCAAAAAAAAACAGUUUUUUUGGGGAACAUGCCAAAGGUUCUUCUUAAAUUUAGUCAGUAAAAUCAAAACAAAAGUUGAUUAAAAAUGUGUUACCAUGGUGACUUGUCAACCAGAUAACGGUUUGUUUUCAUCCUCUAAUUCCAGCAUGUCUAUGUUGGCUCCAAGAAAAACAAGUUUAAGGCCAAAAAUGCCCAAUUUGAGGGUUGAGAUCCAGUCCAAAACCAGUUAAUUUCGACAGUCAAUACGUCAAGUCCUUGUAGUCGUUGAAUUUAACGUCAUUUUGUGUAUUUUCUUCAGGUAUUUGUGUUGCAGAGCCAGUUCAGGUGUCUGUCAGUCUGCCGCUCAGUGUGGACGUCCCACUGCCCUAUCAGGUGGUCAGAGGAGAACAGGUGGAGCUUAGAGGCUCAGUGUACAACCAACAGCCUGACAGCAUCCAGGUACCAAUCACAGCAACUACAUUUCCCAUAAUUCCCUGCCAGCGGUUCCUCAUCAAAGCAAAAAGAAAAUGACUGUGUUAAAUGACAGUGAUUAUAUUUUUAAUCCUCAGUACUGUGUGACCCUGACGGUCGGCCCAGCGCUCUGCCUCCUACAGUCUAGGCCAGCUGCAGGGGAGGCGGGGCUUCAUUCCACCCCCUGCACCUGGAGUCACCUGUCUGCAGGGGGGGAGGGGGCAGUGACCUUCACUGUGCUGGGUCUGGAGGCCGGGGAGCACACCCUGACCUUUACCCUGCGGACACGAGGCGGUGGGGUGGGAGACAUUGUGGAGAAGAAGCUACGAGUGGUGGUGAGUGGGGAUGAGGAAAAGAUGGAGUGGGCCAGUUCUUGAGAACAUUUGAAGAAGUGUCAUGAACAAAUCAGGACAGGUUCCAUUGGUCCAAAAUAACUUGUAUGGGUAGAGGGUCUAAACUAGUCCUUAGUUCUUGUGUGCUGAAACACUGUGAAAAAGUUCCUGCAGUCUGAAAACAGCCACUUAAACCCCUACAAUGUUACUCCCUGAAAACACAUUGGUCAUUUAGGUAAAAUUACGUUUUUUGAGAGAUGCAGAAGGACAAGGAGGAUUAUUGAGCAAAUCUGUAUCAGGAAAUUCACUCCUUCGUUCGUCUGUGUUUUUCAGCCUGAAGGACUGAAGAAGGAAACCUUUUCUGGUGGGAGGAUAGACCCUCAGGGACUCUUCGGUACAUCUAUUCAUUGACCUCUGACCUUCUGGACACUUAUGAGAUUGAUUCGCUCUAACAGAUCAGUCACUGUGUUUUUGUUGCCGCUGCAGGUUCAGAGAAAAGAGUUGUGGAGCUGAAGGACGAAGUGCCUGCAAACAUCGUCCCUAACACAGCUGUAGAGAGGUUGCUGACCAUCAAUGGUAAGAUUUGCGUAGGUGUGCUAAGCCACAGUCAGACACAGGUUUGGCAUGACAGAUAUAGAGUUUUGAGACCAAAUCAGGGGUGUGACUGUUUGGCUGGCAUGUGAGUGCAUUUAGGUGUUUGAAGGAACUGAAAAUCCUACUUCUUUGUGACAAUUAAUAACAAAGCUUGAGACACUCUGUUAAUGUUGACUAGGUGAGAUUCUGGGUGACUUCCUGUCCGUGGUAAACAACCCUGAUGGCCUCAGACAGCUCAUCAACCUGCCAGCAGGGUCAGCUGAGGCAGAGCUAGGUAGGGUCCUCCCCCUGAUCCAGGUAUAUCAGUACCUAGAGACAACAAGGCACUGGGACGUCUUGGGAGAAGACAUCCAGAGGAACUCUGCAGAUGUGAGAAAGAGGAUCAGAGAGGGUGAGGACACAAAGGACACACCAGAUAAUAUCAGUGGAGGAGGUUUGAGUAAUGUAUCCUGACUGUGUGACUGUGGGUGCCUGUGUAGGUCUGGUCAGUAUCAGCUCAUUCAGAGAUGGGGACUCCAGCUACAGCAUGUGGACCAAGGGGGAACCUAGCACCCGGUCAGCAAACACACACCCACACACUCACCACAACUUUAAAGACAUUUGUACUUAAUGAGGAUUCAUUUCUAAAACAUACAUGAUCAGUCUGUGAACGACAGUUACACCCUGAUACCUGGGAAUAUGGUGUGAAAGAAAACAAAGUACUUUAAUCCGACUAAAACAGGAUUUUAAAAAUACAUGUAUCCACGUAAGUCUUGAAAUCACACUGAAAUGACUUUCCUGAAGUCAGACCAGCAAACCUAGAUAAUGUGGUUGGGGGCCAUCUUCUCCUCCAUUUAUAUACCUCUGUCAGACUCAAACUAGGCUAAGGAUCCUGUACAUGCUCUACAGUUUGCACAUGGGCACAUAAGGGGAAUACGCUUCUGUCAAUCUACUGAUUCUUGCUGGCGUUUGUCGACUUGGACAGGGACAGUAUUCCACAUAAGCCUCCCUCUUAAAAUACAACCUUAGCUCGACUAAACUGUUUUUCUCCGUCUGCCUUGGUUUCUCUUUGUCUCUCUCACCCUCUGUCUUUCAGGCUGACAGCUCUGAUGGUAAAGACCUUGUCCAUGGUGGAUCCAGUAGUCCCAGUUGACCAUCAGUCUCUGUCAGACUCUGUGUCCUGGUUGAUCCGCAGAAAUCAGCAAGAGGACGGAUCCUUCACCGACUCAUCCUCCUUCAGACCCAACAAAAUCAUGGUCUGCUGCACUCUUCUUCCUCGUCUGCAUUAAAUCUAGAGACAAGUUUUUCUCUUCAACAAUUGUUCUGUCAACAUAUGAACAUAGCUUGACUAAACUCUGCAGGUAAAUGUACAGACUAAGAGAUUCAUGCUUCUUGGACUCACCGGUAGAGGAGGCAGGCAAGGUUUCCACAAAAAAGCAACCAAGCUGCAAUAAAUUCAUGAAAUAGUCCAGCGCAUAUAUGGUCCUCAGGGAGCAAAAAACCCACGGGGCUCUAUUUUCAUGCCUCGCCGGCGACACGGCGCAGGCGCGGCAUAAGUCAGGUCCGCCGAGCCGACAAGGCGUACCCAAGCACAAUUUGGUAUUUUGGUGAGCGGCGCAGCCCGGCAUAAGUAUCCCCCCUCCCUAACUCAGCUCCUCCCAGCGGCGUAAGUUGUAGGGAGGGAGGAGAGAGGGCGUGGAGUGGGUUUAACACAGCCGAGACCUGUAUUGACCAAUAACAUCAGCUCCUCUCCUCGCCUUUAAAUCUGUCACCGGCGAGGCUUAUUACAAUUUUCAUAAGUAGUCAAAGAGAUCAAGGGAUGUCUGAAGACAGUAAUGCCAUGUCACGCCAAGAUGGCAACAGAAGGCAGCCCCUCAACAAGUGUCGCUGUAAACGCUGCAGAGGACGUCUCAUAUAAGCACAGAUGGAUUUGGUGUGUGUAAGGUUGGACCCACUAGUAAGACAAACACUCUUUUCCACAAAUAAGACACUCACAUAAAGUUGCAUAUAUUCAAACCUCACGUGACAAAAGUGGGUUGUGCACACAGUUUACAACAUAAACUCCAAUAAUGGCAUUAAAAUCUCAACCAUCUGUGCGUAAAUGACGCAUUGCGCUCAAUGGCCUGGCUCUUUCUUUCAUUAAUGUUGGCAUAUAAAAUAAAUUUGGCUCACAAAACUGGAUAUUUUAAUAUUCGUAUGUAGGCUUAGAGUAAAUAACUCAUCUUAUCACUAAAAUAAAUCAUCUGUUCAGCCGCCGCAGCAGCAGCUGCAGCAGGAUGGGGAGAGGACAUGGAGACAUGUCCGGGUCGAGCUGCACGAGAAAUAAGAGGAAGAGGAAGAAAGAAAAGGAGGGAGACAAAUUAAAAAUCUUGUUCAUUCAUCAAGUGUGUCUAUUUACUAGAUAUUUAAUUCAAUUUAAUACGGUUUCAGCUGUGUUAAUUCGGUCAGGUUGUGUGUCCAAACGCGUGCUUAAUGCACUCAUCAGAUCAGAUAUACAGUGCAUCCGGAAAGUAUUCAUACCACUUCACUUUUUCCACAUUUUAUGUUACAGCCUUAUUCUAAAAUGGAUUAAAUUCCCCUUUUCCCUCAAAAAUUCUACACAAAAUACCCCAUAAUGACAAAGCGAAAAACUUUUUUUGGAAUACAUAAGUAUUCACACCCUUUACUCAAUACUUGGUCGAAGCACCUUUGGCAGCGAUUACAGCCUCCAGUCUUUUUGUGUUUGAUGCAACAAGCUUGGCACACCUGGAUUUGGGGAGUUUCUUCCUUGUACGUCCUCUCAAGCUCAGUGAGGUUGGAUGGGCAGCGUCGGUGCACAGAUACUUUCAGGUCUUUCCAAAGAUGUUCAAUCGGGUUCAAGUCUGGGCUCUGGCUGGGCCACUCAAGGACAUUCAGAGACUUGUCCUGAAGCCACUCCUUUGUCUUCUUGGCCGUGUGCUUAGGGUCAUUGUCAUGCUGGAAGAUGAAGCGUCGCCCCAGUCAAAGGUCUUGAGCGCUCUGGAGAAGGUUUUCAUCAAGGAUUUCGAUGUACUUGGCUGCAUUCAUUUUUCCCCUCGAUCCUGACAAGUCUCCCAGUUCCUGCCGCUGAAAAACAUCCCCACAGCAUGAUGCUGCCACCACCAUGCUUCACUAUAGGGAUGGUAUUGGCGAGGUGGUGAGCGGUGCCUGGUUUCCUCCAGAAAUGACGCUUAGCAUUCAGGCCAAAGAGUUCGAUCUUUGUUUCAUCAGACCUGAGAAUUUUGUUUCUCUUGGUCUGUGAGUCCUUCAGGUGCCUUCUAGCAAAGUCCAAGCGGGCUGUCAUGUGCUUUUUACUGAGGAGUGGCAUCUGUCUGGCCACUCUACCAUAAAUGCCUGACUGGUGGAGUGCUGCAGAGAUGGUGGUCCUUCUGCAGGGUUCUCCCAUCUCCUCAGAGGAACGCUGGAGCUCUGUCAGAGUGACCAUUUGGUUCUUGGUCACCUCCCUGACCAAGGCCCUUCUCCCCCGCUUGCUCAUUUUGGCUGGGUGGCCAGCUCUAGGAAGAGUCCUGGUGGUUCCAAACGUCUUCCAUUUCUUAAUGAUGGAGACCACUGUGCUUUUUGGGAUCUUCAAUGCAGCAGAUAUUUUUCUGUAACCUUCCCCAGAUCUGUGCACCGAUACAACCCUGUUUCGGAGGUCUACAUUCAAUUCUUUCGACUUCAUGGCUUGGUUUGUGCUCUGACGUGCUCUGUCAGCUGUGGGAUCUUAUAUAGACAGGUGUGGCUUUCCAAAUCAUGUCCAAUCAGCUGAAUUUGCCACAGGUGGACUGCAAUCAAGUUGGAGGAACAUUUCAAGGCUGAUCAGUGGAAACAGGAUGCACCUGAGCUCAAUUUUGAGUUUUAUAGCAAAGGGUGUGAAUACGUAUAUGCAACAUUUGAGUGUCUUAUUUUUAAUACAUUUGCAAAAUGUUCUAAAAAAAGUUUUUCACUUUGUCAUUAUGGAGUAUUUUAUGUAGAAUUUUUGAGGGAAAAAAGGAAUUUGAUCCAUUUUGGAAUAAGGCUGUAACAUAACAAAAUGUGGAAAAGUGAAGUGGUAUGAAUACUUUCCGGAUGCACUGUAGGUCAGAAUACAUCUAUAUAGAUCUAAAUGUAUGUGCUGACUCAGAUUAUUGAUUAUUGAUUGUACUGAAAUAUUGCCUGAAACUGUGGAAACCUGCCGGUGAGGCAUCAGUGACGUAUGCCGGUACACCGCCGGUCAACCAAAAUACCACUAGACCAGCUGCAAUCUGCCUGCGCUGAAAGCUGACCAGGUUUGAAUCGGCCAGCUUUCAGCGCACUUUACACGCUGGCAGCAAGCACGAAAAUGUCACUGUCACUGAUUCUGUUGACACCUCCCCCUGCCGCGCCACCAUGCCCAGCUUGGCAGACCUUGGUGCGCCUCAUUUCACGAAAAUACCAAACUGGCUGUACGCCGGGCUCCACCAGACGAAAAUACCACUGCGCGGGGUCCGCCACCCUCCACCGCAUUGCCGGAGGACACGAAAAUAGAGCCCAGUGUCUUAAGAUUCAGUGAAGACUAGAGUGUCCAAUUAGUGAGUGAUGUUUGAUACUGGAGCAUGUCUGUCAGUCUUAAGGCGUCCUCCAAGGCUGAUCUCGUCUGUCUUGAUUAUUGCUCCUCUGGUUUCCCUCCUUUCUCCACCUAGUUACAUUAGACGCCACUGAUUAUGUGGAGUCUGUAACUACUUCUGGUUUUCCUCUCAGACUAAGAUGCCCAGAAAGACUUGACUAUUUGCUGCUGUUUUCAGUGUGUGACUGGGAACAUGAUAUUUUUUUGGUCUAGUGUGUCACAAACUGACAGAAGUAGUGAUGCCUUUUUCUGUCCAUUGUUUAUAGAUGUUAUCCCUCUCUGUUGAGGGCAGUGCUGGGUUCUUCCAUGUGAAAUGGUGUGGUGAAUAAGGCGUCUUCAUUUUAAACCACAUUAAAACUGUUUUGUCUUCUGGUUGGCUGCAGGCCGAGGGAGCGGAUGCUGUUGACCGGUCAGUGUAUCUGACGUCUUUCGUGCUGAUUGCACUGCACAAAGCAACAAGGCUAGAUGACCCAAUCCUGCAGCUCAAAGUGAGAACAUAUCUCUUCAUCUGGAUUUUUUCCAUCUUCCUCUAAUCUUCCUUUACUCUUUUUCUUCCUCAGACUGCUUUAGCAUGAUCUCUCCUCUGAUCUUCAAGAUUUUCUGUUCUGCUGCUGUACAUGCAGUUCAUGUGUUUCUUCUCCUUCCUUAUCUUCCUUACGUCUUGUCUACUCGUCUCUUAUUACAGUUUCAAGAUGACAGCAUGAGAUCUGCAGCCAACUACAUUUCCCAACAUGCCUUAGGUGUAAAGAGUGUUUAUGUGCGGGCAGUGGCAACCUAUGCUCUGACCCUUCACGAUCCUGAUAGCAUGACAGUGUCGUCGCUGAUUGGCAGCCUGGAGAACCUAGCCCGACAGAAAGGUACACUUGUUUUCCCUGCAGCUGAGUCCCUGGCAUAUAACGGCCUAGCUGGAUCAUGUUUACUCUGCACACAGGACCUUAUAGGACCUUUAAGGGUUCACAAUGUAAAACACCAAAUAAAGUAUCAAAAAAGCAUCUCAGCUCUUGAACCAGAAGAUGUGUCUGCAGAACAGUCAAGUCAUGAUCAGUUAAAUGGUUCUGACAGUCGUCUCUUUAUGCUCAUACUCUCACAGGUAACCCCGUCUUGCUCAGGUACUGGCAGGAGGCCAGUGUGACGGCUGAUUGGCUGAACCCUGACCAAUCCAGCGGUCUAACGGUGGAGACAACAGCGUACGUCCUGCUGACUAUGCUGCUCAAGGUGCUGACACAUCCAGAGUGCUGUUUUUUUGUCUUUUUUCAGAAACUCUUUGCUUCACCUCCUGAAACUCUCAAAAGGAUUUUUUCAGAGUUGCUCCAUCUGUAACAGAUUUCAGAGGUUUAUUUUCUCCAUGAUGUGGUGAAACAUUAUGAAAUGUGAUUGGUUGUAAUGAGACUUGCUUUGUAUCGAAGGGGAGGAUCCGUUAUGCAAACCCCAUCUUGGCCUGGCUCACCCAGGAUCAGCACUAUGGGGAGGGUUUCUUUUCUGUACAAGUAUGUCUGACACACACGCAUGCACACACAGACACAAACUUUUAUUCUGUGAAUGAUCCCAAAGUUCUUCUAGCAGAAUCAACCAGACACUUAUUUUCUAGCUCUGAGGUCAAAAAUUCAUCUCUUUCCUGUCUUCCUCAGGACACAGCCUUGACUCUUGAGGCGGUCUCAGAGUACGCUAGAAUCAUUUCUCGAGCAGAGCUCAAUCAGGACAUCAAUGUUCGCUUCAGAAGGACGGGUGAGCUGAAGCGGGUUCGGCUCAGCCAGCGCCAUCCUGUGGCCACGCCCAUGCCGGUGAGAAGGAUAUGAGUGCACGACAAUCAGGUGUUCGGACUGGUGCAUAUGAGAGGAGACAGGUCUGGUUUCUACUUUACUGACAUGUCUGUUAACCCUCCAGGUGAUGAAGAAUGAAGUCAUCACCGUGUCCACAGGUUACGGGAGGGGCGUGUCCAACGUGAAGGUGGGUGUGGUUUAACCAAACAGCUUGUUUGAUAUUAGAGAUCUUUAAAACGCCCCAGAAUGUCUUUGAACUUUCCUGUGUUUUCAGCUGAAGACAGUUUACUAUGAAACAACUACAUCUUCAGAGAACUGUAACUUUGACCUCACUAUAGAAGUGGCAGGUCCUCGACAAUCUAACAGUGAGUAAUUCAAAUUAACUUUAUUGACACUACACUUCAGAGGAAUUACUCAGGACUGUCUACUCAUAGCACCAGAAGCUGUGCAUCAUUACUUAUCUGCUCUGCCUUAAGGUCAAACUAAUCAGGUCUGAUGUGCUGAUUUCACUUCAGCACAAUUUCACCCUAAAGUUCUGCAGCCGUUUACAGUUUGCUCUUGCUUUGCAUCAGAUUGUGUGGCGAUGACCUGUUAGCAUCUAAGCCACAGCCUGUCAGCAUAUGAAUCCUCAGCUGAAUUUGGUUGGACAGGAAAAAAGGAAAGAAAAAGAAUUAUUGAGCAGAAUAGAAAAAUGACAAGAAAUGAGAAAGGAAGAUAAAGAGAGGGAGGAAAAGAAAAAAGGACAAGAAAAAAAGAAGGAAAAAUAUAAAGCAAAAAAAGGGAAAUAGAAAGGGAGACAGAAGGAAAGAAAUAAAAAAGAUGGACAGACAAAAAGAAAGACAGAAAAGAACAAAGGCUGAAGAAAAGAUGAAAAGAAGAAAGGUGGGAGAGAGGAAGAUAGGUGAAAAGGAAGUCAGAAAAAGUAUGAAGGGGGAAGGAAGAAAUAUAAAAAGAGGAAAAAAGAAAGGAAAUAAAAAAAAAUAAAGAGAGAGAAGAAGCGACAAUGAAAAAAGGAAAUAAGAACAAGAAAGGAGGAAGGAAAUAGAACGGACAAAGGAAGACGGUUUUACGUGUACAAAAGGCCAGGACCCAAUAUUGCGGAGACAAAAUCACCAAAAAGUUUAUCAACAAAAAUAUCAACAACAAAAAACAACAUAAAAUCCCCACACAGGGUAAAAAGGCUCAGGAGGCACAGACAGCUACUGAAAACGGAGAAAAACAAGUGUCAGGACAAAAUACAGAAAAACUCAAACAACCUCUGACACUAAAAGUACAACUCAAAUAUACCACAUGGGGCAAGUAACAAAGGAAUAUAAAGUCAUCUAGGAAGUUCAACAGGAAACAAAAGACAAACUGAAAAUCACUUCAGAAAGAUGUGGGGGGAAAAACUAGAACUAUAAAGUACAAAACAACUGAAACAAAGUGACAAACAAACAAAGGCAGAAUGGAGGCACAGAGGGAUUCGGCUCGAGAGGAAGACUGAGAUAAUCAUCCGGCAAAGAGCAGGACAGGAAUUUGGCUUUAAAAGGCCAGCUGAUGAGCACAAUGAGGUGCAGGUGUGCUCCUGAUCAGCCGAGCCAGCUCCGCCCCCUGCCAUGCUCCAGUGCUGCAGGAAGAGAAAGAGAGAGAGCACACAGACAACCAAAACACAAGGGCUGUGUCUCAUUUCAGAGACCGCAUCGUGAUAAGCGCACUUAACGGCGCUUAGCUGAGUGCACUGCCGUUUUGAGCCGUUUUGAGCCGUUUUGCGCCGUUCUGUGCCCUUCCUGUGUCCCAUUUCAGAUACAGCAGCCAUCGAACGGCGCAUCUGACGCGUACGUGAGGUCACCACGCGGCACGAACGGUGUCCCGUUUGGCACAAUAUACUAAGCGCGCUUCAAAUUCGGUCUCAAAACCACACUACCCCCGCCUCUUUUUCAAGCGUGCAUGUAUGCACGCUUUCGUGCCGUCGGUAUCCCAGAAUUCUUUGCGUGCCGCUGCACAGCUGUGCAUUUCAGGUGAGAGGCUGGACUCGCUUGGAGACACAGCGCGUCUGCGAAGAAAAUACAAGAAAUCCAAAAACAGCAGACAGUCAGCUCAGGCUGUAUGAGAGCAUGAUCUCUGAACUCACUAAAAUCUGUAAACCAAACAUUAUAGAUUUAGAGACGAACUGAUCCGCUCUGCUUCAACAAUAAAAAACAUUAGAAAUAAGAAAGCUGACAAAACUACAGCAGAGGAUCAGGACAACAUUGAGUUUUUUUUUCUUUUAAGAUUUAGAGAUUAAAGUUGUAAAUUUAGGAGAAUAAAGUCAUAAAGUAAAUAAAGUCAUAAAGCUGCUUUUGUGGAGGGGGAAAUGACUGAAGCUGGUCAUCUGCAGGGUUACCUGUGGAUGUAUCAGCGGGUCAUUCAGAGAGAUUUUGUGGUUUCUGAAGAAACAAUCAAACUGAUGAUGAUCAACAUUUGUGAUCCAGAGGGAGUCGAGCUCCGACGAGCACCACGUCUCUGACACCGGCGGUAACCUACACCUGCAGAGACACCAACACCUUAUUACUGCAUAUGGAUUCAUAUCAUAAACUAAAGCUCAAUGUCAUUCACGGAUAUUAACGGCUGCAUUGACAGAUAUAUCCUCAGCAUAUUCAUUUCUGUCUCCACAAAAGCAGCGAUUUCCUUCAAGUACACCAAUUUUUUUCCCCCGUGGAAAAGACGUAUUUCUCAUAUAUUCUUUUUAAAGUCUUUAUACUUAUGACAAUGUUAUGCUGAUUUGCCAGAGGAUGAAGAAUCUCCUUGUUUGUGAAACCUAUACUGAAGCACAGUUCCUUCAAAUGCUUCAUGGCCCUAAUUUUAACAAGUCUCUCUGAAAUAACAGGUUAUGACUUCAUUCUCAUAAAUUAAUGACUUAAAUCUCGAAGUCCUUAAAGUCUUAAAUCUCAAUAUGGCCCUCAUACUCCUUCUUACAAAACAAUCAUUGGAUGAAUUGUGCUUGUAUGUAUCUACUAUUUUGUGUCUGUGCAAGGUCGCACAAUUAAAACAAUAAAUGCUGCGCUCCGCGGGUUUCCUUUAAGUCAGUCGUGACGCGAGCCUGAGGGCGGGGACAUUUGGCAACUCCACCAGGAAGUCCUCCGAAGGUCUCCAAAUGUCCCCGCCCUCAGGCUUACGUCACGACUGAUUAGAAAAAAAGCUGCGGAGCGCAGCACGUAUUGUUUUAAUUGUGCGACCUUGCACAGACACAAAAUAGUAGAUACAAGCACAGAUCAUUCCCACAAAAUUCAUCCAAUGAUUGUUUUGUAUGAAGGAGUAUGAGGGCCCUAUUGAGAAGGAGGAUAGGAGAUACUUCAUCCUCUGGCACAUCAGCAUCACAUUGUCAUAAGUAUAAAGACUUUAAAAAGAAUAUAUGAGAAAUACGUCUUUUCCACGGGGGAAAAAAAUUGGUGUACUUGAAGGAAAUCGCUGCUUUUGUGGAGGCAGAAAUGAAUAUGCUGAGGAUAUAUCUGUCAAUGCAGCCGUAAAUAUCCGUGAAUGACAUUGAGCUUUAAUUUAUGAUAUGAAUCCAUAUGCCAUAAUAAGGUGUUGGUGUCUCUGCUGGUGUAGGUUACCGCCGGUGUCAGAGACGUGGUGCUCGUCGGAGCUCGACUCCCUCUGGAUCACAAAUGUUGAUCAUCAUCAGUUUGAUUGUUUCUUCAGAAACCACAAAAUCUCUCUGAAUGACCCGCUGAUACAUCCACAGAUAACCCUGCAGAUGACCAACUUCAGUCAUUUCCCCCUCCACAAAAGCAGCUUUAUGACUUUAUUUACUUUAUGACUUUAUUCUCCUAAAUUUACAACUUUAAUCUCUAAAUCUUAAAAGAAAAAAACUCAAUGUUGUCCUGAUCCUCUGCUGUAGUUUUGUCAGCUUUCUUAUUUCUAAUGUUUUUUAUUGUUGAAGCAGAGCGGAUCAGUUCGUCUCUAAAUCUAUACUGUUUGGUUUACAGAUUUUAGUGAGUUCAGAGAUCAUGCUCUCAUACAGCCUGAGCUGACUGUCUGCUGUUUUUGGAUUGCUUGUAAUUUCUUUGAAGACGCGCUGCGUCUCCAAGCGAGUCCAGCCUCUCACCUGAAAUGCGCAGCUGUGCAGCGGCACGCAAAGCAUUCUGGGAUACCGACGGCACGAAAGCGUGCAUAGAUGGACGCUUGAAAACAUGCUAAGCGCGCUUAGCAUUUUUUAGCAUCUCGUGCCAAAUGGGACACCGUUCGCACCGUCGUGACGUCAUGCACGCUUCAAAUGCACCGUUCGACGGUGCAGAAGGGCACUUAGGUCGAUGCGGUCUCUGAAAUGAGACACAGCCAAGGAAACAGCCCUGGAUCAUGAAGGAAGGCAGGAAGGAAGGAAGGAAGGAAGGAAGGAAGAAAGAAAGAAAGAAAGAAAGAAAGAAAGAAAGAAAGAAAGAAAGAAAGAAAGAAAGAAAGAAAGAAAGCGUGGUAUCUGGAGGGAAGUAACAUUAGGUGAAGUUUGUGCUGCUUUGCGCUAUUUCCCUGGGAUAUACUGAGAAACUUGUUUGUUGUUUCUUCCUUGGUUCCUGACUCUUUAAUGGUCCAGCUGUUGGUAAAGAUAGGUGAACUAGAGGUCAAGAGAUGAAGGAGCUUCACCUCUGAACCCUAUAACAGAAGCACAAACUGAGUUCUGGGAGAUGGACAUCAUUGGCAGUCAUCUCCCAGUAUCUGUGGUGCUGUUUUAAUACUGAUGUUGUCUUUGUAAUAAAACUCUAUCAUACAAGCAAGCCAGUGUCACGAAGCCUCCUUCAGCAUCUACACAUCACAGACGGACAAGAUACAACAAAAGAAAGAAAAAAGGAAAACAAACAAACAAACAAAGAAAGGGAGAAAGGAAAAUGGGAAUGAAGAAGAACGGAGCUAGGUGGGAAGAACAUAACUCAGAGAGGAAGGAAGAAAAGAAAGAAAGAUGAAAGAAAAAAAGAAGGAAAAAGGACAAAAAGGAGGAAAGAAGAAAAUAAGGAAAAAAAAUAUAAGGCAAGAAAGAGAAAGGAAGGAAGAAAGGAGGAAGGAAGAAAGGGAAGAAAACAUAAAUAAAGAAGUAAAGAACAAAGAAAAGAGGGGAGGAAAGAAGAACCACAGGUUUACCAAAGGGUCAUCUGUCAUUAUAAGGUGUCUAAGUUCACAGGUUCCUACUAUCCUGAUGGCUAAAGAUCAGAUCAAUGUUUCUGUAAACUUUUCAUCCACCUCUCUGUUUGCAGUCAUUUUUCUCUUCUCCCCUUUUUAGGGUCCAAUACUCCUCACCUGAUUGCCUGUGCAAAGUAAGAAACUGUUACUUUAACAACCUGAUACUUUAACGUUAUAUACACUAUGGAGACAGAGGCUGUACUCGUGGUAUACUGCAAAAUGACAAGCCUUAUAGACAGAGUUAUAAAUGAUGGCAAAGAUCUUGUAAAUAGUUUGUUUUUAUUUAGUAAAAAAACUUCACUGCAGUAUCUAAAUAAUAUAUUUUUAAAUGUAAGCUUAUUGUGUGUAUUAGGUAUAAACCUCCUCCUAAUGAGGUCUUCACAGAGUCCACUCUGACUGUGAUGAAGAUUCAGCUGCCAACAGGUGUGGAGGCAUACCUUGAGGACCUGAGACAGGUGAAAUCAAGUUAUACAGUAUUUUAAGAUGUUUGGGAUAAGGUUUAAACUGAGACACUGGCUCAUCAGACAGUGACACCCCUAACAUUUUAAAAUCAUGUUUCAUAAGUCCAAGCAGACUUUCAUUUUUAUCUAUUUUUCAACAUUUCAUUUUCAUUCAAAUCUAGUUAAAUCUUGAAACUAUUUGGAUGUAUUUUGUCCUUACUUUUUGUUAACACAGUUUAUUCUGGUACCAGCUAUCACAUCAUGGUUACUGCCCUGUUAUUGUUUUUUUUUUAAUUAUCAUUUUUUUUUUUUUUUGCAGUUUAGAGACAUAGAUGAACCAAUCAUCUCACACUAUGAGCUCCAAGGAAACACUCUGGUCAUUCAGCUGGAUGCGGUGAGUAAGAGGAAAAACGAACAAUACUAUCAAGACAUCAGACUACUAAAGUAAUACACCACCAACCACAGGCUCAAAGAGCUUCCUGUUUGUGUCCGACAAACCUUAACAUCAGUGGCACCCUGAGAAUACAUUGUAUAAGAAUGGAGACUCUGGAAAAGCCACUGUAGUAACUCUGUUGCGCUGUUGUAAUACACCCACUUCACACAGGACACAGACAGCUUUGGGGUCUGAUUCAUUGAAGAGUGUGCAGAAUCCAUACUACAAGUCCAAACAAAAAGCCAACUUAAUUCUCCACGACACUGCACAGAACCAGAUAAUAAAACCUAAUUGUCAGCUGUGAAUUGUCUUUCCAUGUUACAUUAGUGUUUACGCCUGACGAUUAAAGCUGCUGUGGGGAACUUUUUGAUGUUUAUUAAUUAAACUGAAAUUUAUACUAAUGCCUUUUUAUGACAAACAAAAACAAAUAAAGACAUCAGGGAUAAGAUUUACAGUUUUGAUGGUGUAAUUUCUAAUGCCUGAUUCUGUUGUGAGGGGGUAGGUGUCAGACCAGCAGCUGAAGAAACCAACAGUUUUUGCAAUUUCUACACAAUAUAUAUAUAAUAAAUUAUACAUUUCACUGUUACGCUUUACAUGCUAUUAUGGAGCAGUGAUUUCAAGGGUCUAGCUUUAAGAAAAUAAUAUUAUCUGAAUACAGAAUAGGUCCUUUGAAGUCCCACUCUGAUCAUCUUUUUUUUAUUUUCUUUUUUCUUUUUUUAACUACCUUAUUUUUGCACUAUAAGGCACACCUGAUUAUAAGGCACACCAUUGAUGAACACGUCUAUUAGCUUCUAUUUUCAUACAUAAAACACACCAAAUUAUAAAGCGCACUGGAUUAUAAAGCACAUUAAGCCAAACAAAACAGUCAGAUAAGUCAAACUUUAUUUAACUCAUUCAAUAACUCGUGAGGCUACGGUAGCUGCAGUGCUCUGACAAGCCAUACGGAUUUUAAGUGCGCAUUAUAGUGCAAAAAAUACGGUACUUGAAGUGUUCCCAGUCGCCUUUAAAUUGUGAUCAUGAAGUUUUCAGCCAAAAUCAGGUUACCUGUGUCAUUUUCAAGUGCUUUUCCUCUGCAGAGCUCCAGUAGCACAUUUGCAAUUUGCCUCUGAGUCAUGGGCAGAGACAGCGCUGCUCUGCACACUCCUCUACAUGCUAGCUUUCAGCCUGACAUUGCUGGUAUAGUAGAAGUGGCAGGUAAUGUAGGCGUUAUUCAGCUCUCGGACGCUAAUGUCUUUGGGGACAUGAUGAAAGUUAAUAUAAUAAUUAGCUUUUUUAUGAGCAUUGCACUCCGGGACUUCACAUGCUCAUUCCGCAAUCCUCCUCUCUAUUUCUCUAAGUCUAGCCUGCAGAGCGGGGCUCCAGGGGUGGAGCUUAGAUUUGUGAUAUAGGAAAUUCCACUAUGUCUGAGCCUGAUGUUUGGGUCUGCCAGAGGCUCACAGCGAUUUAAAUGCAGAAAUACUCAGGAAUGCAAUUUCACACUUAGUUUUCUCAUUAUGUCCUGUAGCAUCAGAAAAAUGCCAUAUGAACAUGAUUUUUUAUCAGAGUGGGUCUGUAAAUACACUUAAACACGCAGGAGUCUUAGAGGCUAAGGGUUAGGGUUAAGUGAAAUGUGAUGCUUCCUUUUUAACUCCUCACCCCCCUGUGAGAAGGCCUCAACUUCUUGUUGGUUUUGGUGAUAGCUUCCAGUCUGAUCUCUGGCCUCCCUGUCAUUGUUUACUAGGUUCCUUCAGACGUCUACCUGUGUGUGGGUUUCCGGAUCAGGAUUGGGUUCAAAGUGAAGGGGGUCUCUGAGUCACUGUUGACUGUCUAUGAGCCUCAGGACAAAGGUAUGACCUGUAAAAGGAUCCUGGGAUUUGUAAUUAUUAGCAGUUUUUUGGGGAGUUGUUUUAUGAUAAGCCAAAAAAAAAAUGUAAAUGCUAAGACUCAGGAGUCAUUGUGACAUAAGUUUUGAUAUUAAAAUAGGGAGUUGGAGUCAGGUGAGAUGUCCAUUGGGUGUAGAGACUAAUCAAAUAAAUACUUAACCCAGCUAAGCACAAACCCUUACCCACCCUUCAACAACUUCACAUCUGUCUGAUUUCUAGUUUUGCUGAAUAAUCUGACUUUAAGGGGAGAAAAUGUUGGAUUGAUCCAUUAAAUUGAGGUGGAAUUAUAUGUCUCCUUUUUUACACAGGUAGUAUGUGCAUCAAACCAUUUUUUUAUCAGGAGCAGAAGCUGCAGCGCCUCUGUGUGGACCAACAGUGUCAGUGCAUGUCAGGUAAUGUCUGCCUGUUGAUGGUCGCCUCCUAGAAUCCCUAGACUCAUUCAACAGGGUCCUUCAAAAGCCAAAAAGCUUCAAAAUAUGAUCAUGUUACAUAAUGUGAUCUUUGUUCUCUAGUGUGUGUAGUACAGAAGUGCAAUCGGGAAACUCUGAUAAGACCAGUCAGGAUUAUUCGGAUCCCAGCAGGGUGCUUGAUUUAGGUUUUAAAUGUCAGGUGUCAAAUGAUGUCACCAUGUAAAGUUUGCCUGCUGUAUAUGUGACAUAAUAAUGUCUUGUUGUUGUUUAGCUGCAUGCCCUGCUUACAGAGCAACACUUGAUGCAACUCUGACAACAGCCAAACGACUAAACGAGAUCUGCCAGCCUCACAUCAAAUAUGGUGAGAAUGAGACCAAAUAUGAAAGUGCAUUUAAAAUGACUUAGCCAACACACUGCAGCAAAACUCCAACAAAUGAAAUUAUAAGGUGCAAAACAAGAUUUAUUCCAGUGACGAGUUAUCCGCAAGAGACGCCUUACAGGGGAGGGAAAACUCGUGGUUUUUGGGAAUCCAUAAAACGCAAUUACAUCAUGUCUUUACUUUUUUCUUGGUGUGUUUUUGUCCUCCUGUAGCUUACAAGGUUACAGUAAAGUCUUCAGCAGCAGAAGGAGAUUUUGUGACCUACACAGCCACCGUACUUGAAGUCCUUAAGAACACAGAUAAAGGUGAAAUAGGCUAAAAACUUUGAAAAAUAAUUCCCUUGUUGGUGUGAUGGUAUAUUUGUGGAGUUUCUCUGUAAGACCAGAGGCCAUGUGCAUUACAUGACAGUUUAUGUUACAAAAAUGUCCUUUGUUCUGUCUGUUGUAGAUUUUGAAGCAGUGAGUUCAAAUACAGAGUUGGAUCUGAUUAAAAAAGUCACCUGCAAUGAUGUUGAUGUCCAGAUCAACAAACAGUACCUUGUGAUAGGAGCCAGGGGGUCAGAGGUCACUCUAAACAACGGCUAUAAGUCAGUGUCAUGUCAAACCUCUCUCAGGUGUACUAUCAUUUCUUCCUCUCGUUUGCUGUCACUCAGCCCUUCAUUUGUGUUGUUCUGCAGGUAUCGUCUUGCUCUCGACUCAGAGGCACUGAUGGAGUUAUGGCCGACUGAUUGUAGUUCUAAUGAGUGCUUGGACUACAUUUCCCAUCUUGAGGACCUUGCUCUGGAGUUGCAGUUGGCCAGCUGUCCUGACUCAAAAUAA